GUCAUUACGGUAAUCUGUGCAGCGUUUGAGUGCGUCAGCUGAUCCUCCUGGACAGGGCGAGGAAGAGACUUAGCAGCAGGAAAACAUUGUGACUGGCUAGUUCAACCAUGGCAGCCGAGAUCCAUUCGAGGCCUCAGAGCGCAAGACCAGUUCUUCUGAACAAAAUCGAGGGACACGCAGAUGCUGUCACGGUCGCCGUUUUAAUCCCAAAGGAAGAUGGAGUGAUAACUGUCAGUGAAGACCGAACCAUCCGGGUUUGGUUGAAGAGAGACAGUGGUCAGUACUGGCCAAGCAUCUACCACACAGUCUCCUCUCCGUGCUCAUGUAUGUCAUAUCACCAUGACAGCAGACGUAUCUUCAUUGGCCAAGACAAUGGAGCUGUUGUGGAGUUUCUCAUCUCUGAAGAUUUCAACAAGAUGAACCAUGUAAAAACAUAUCCAGCUCACCAGAAUCGCGUUUCAGAUAUGGUGUUUACCCUGGAGAGCGAGUGGGUAGUGAGCACCGGCCAUGACAAGAGUGUUAGCUGGAUGUGCACCCAGAGUGGCAGCAUGCUGGGAAGACACUAUUUCACUUCCUGGGCCUCCUGCCUACAAUAUGAUCAUGAGACUCAGCAUGCAUUUAUUGGCGAUUACUCAGGGCAGAUCACACUGCUAAAGCUGGAGAAGCAGACCUACUCAAUUAUCACCACACUGAAGGGCCAUGAAGGUAGUGUAGGAGCCUUGUGGUGGGACCCUGUCCAGAGACUGCUGUUCUCAGGCGCUUCUGACCACAGUGUCAUUAUGUGGGACAUCGGGGGACGCAAAGGACGAACCUUACUAUUGCAGGGACACCAUGAGCGUGUCCAAGCACUCCGCUACCUCAUGUUGACCAGGCAGUUGAUAUCGUGCUCAGCUGAUGGAGGCAUAGCAGUGUGGAACAUGGACACAAACAGAGAAGAGGCACCUCAGUGGUUGGAAAGUGAUUCCUGCCAGAAGUGUGAGCAGCCUUUCUUUUGGAAUGUUAAGCAGAUGUGGGACAAUAAAACUCUGGGACUCAGACAGCACCACUGCAGGAAGUGCGGCAAAGCUGUGUGUGGUAGAUGUAGUUCUAAACGCUCCACAUUCCCACUCAUGGGGUUUGAAUUUCCAGUGCGGGUGUGUGACACCUGUUUUGACUCUAUCAAAGAAGAAGAUCGAACCCCAUUGGCCACAUUCCAUGAAGGAAAACACAACAUUGCCCACAUGGAUAUGGACUCAUCCAGAGGCCUGAUGGUUACCUGUGGAAGUGACCGCAUUGUGAAGAUCUGGGAUAUGACGCAAGUGGUUGGGUGUAGCUUAGCAACAGGCUUCUCUCCGCGCUGAUUGGUCCAGUCUCUCCUCUGGUGUCAUGGAAACCCCUCUGUACAGUGCAUCAUCACCAACAUGCCUGGACUCUGCAGCUUCUGGGGGAUGUGCACCUGUGUGUGUGUGUGUGUGUGUGUGUGUGUGUGCGUGUGUGUGCGUGUGUGUGUGUGCGCGUGUAAGUGGUAGCCUCGGUCACCACCUUAUUUUUUUUUUAUUUUCCAUUUCACUGCUACUCUUCCAGAGGAAAGUGCGUGUUGCGUGUGCGUGUGUGUGUGUGUGUGUG